CAGGACUCAGAGUCGGCCGCCAUAUUGUCCACAAAAUUUCACGUAAACCUCUCUCAAACCUCGGCAGUCGCUCAUAUACCAGAAAAAUAAUUAUCGUCAAGGCUUUCCUGACCCUUUUGCAGUUAUGGUGAGUUAACAUACCUAUGUAUUUUUGGGGUAAUAAGCACAAACUCGAAAGUUUGAGAAAAGUUAAACGCUUGAAGGUAAAAGACUUCAAAGCGCGCAUACAGGCUUACAUGUAAAAUGCUGCCCCAUGUUAUUUUGUAGUCGAAGAAACGAGGCCUGAGUUUGGAAGAGAAAAGAACACGACUCUUAGAACUUUUCUAUGAAAAGGUAAGGUACUGUUGUUUGCAAAUAAGCCAAACUAAAACAGGUCCAAGAAAUAACAAAUGUCCCCCCGGAUGAGGACCUGACUUUCCUCCUUACCCCUGCAGUAUUCUUUAAACUCGGAGUCCCCCCUAACAACUUCAUACGAAAUGGUUGUAUCGCAAAAGAAUUUCGUGAAAAGACACAUACUCCUCCAGAAUGCCAUAAAAUGUGUCUCCACUCCUAAAGAAUGCCCCUUAAAAUCAGCAUUGACCCCUCUCCUGAAGAAUUCCACCACCUAAGUCAUCACCUGACUCGUCUGGAGAAUGCUUGUAUUCCAUAACCUCAAUCCCAGGGUUUUUCACAAGAAAUAAAGGGCAGGAAAUAAAACCCCAAUAGCUAAGGAUAACUCCCUUCCUUGUAUUUGCUUUACCCCCACCCCCCUCAGACAAAGUAGCAAAUAAGUGCCCCUCCUCAUUCCUGCUCUCUUUCUUUAAUAACCUUUUAAGUCCCAAGAGUGACCAACAUCAAUUUUCUCCUAACAACAUCAAUGCAUUAUCAAGAGAGAUAAGGUUAUGAGAAUUAUCAAAAUGUUCACCUAAAAACAGUUUCUUUUCCAUUUAAUUAAAAUCUACAAACAAAUUGAAAAAAGGUGGCAGUAAGGCCAAGUGGUCAGCGCGUGGAACUUGCAAUUUGGUAGUCCCAGGUUCGAGUCCCACUCUGGCCACUUGCUGGAUUUGUUCUUGGUUGUCGCGAGUUCAAAUCCUUGGCCUCGCUUGUAAAUAGCCAACAGGUUGCCUCCUGCCAGUUGGGGUUUUUAAUCCUGUUAUGUUGUAUUUAUAUUAUUUGUUUCUAAGUAUUUGAGUGGAGUGCCUGUAAACUAGCUGGAUAAGCAAAGUGCAAUUUCCACUAUAAACAAACUUUUAAUUAAUUUUUCUAAUUUUUUUUAAAGUCCAUUGCAUUUCACCCUUUUCUCACUCUCCUUGCAGAUCAAGUUCUUUAAAGUCAAUCAUCUGUUCUUUUCAAAAUUUUUAUAUGCUUAUUAAAAAGUAUUAACUUUACAUUGCUUUUUAUACUUUUCAUUUUAACAGAAAGAAUUUUUUCUGCUCAAGGAGCUAGAGAAAAUUGCACCAAAGGAAAAAGGAAUAAGUAAGUAGGCUAAAAGAAAUUCAGAAAUUACAUAAUUUUUGCAAAAUUUGUUUCAGGUAUCAUUAAUAAUAACUUUUGUCUUUUGUAGCAUCCAUGUCUGUUAAGGAAGUUUUACAAAGCUUGGUUGAUGAUAAUCUAGUAGACACUGAUAAAAUUGGUACUUCCAUUUAUUUUUGGGCUUACCCAAGCAAGGCCAUGCAUACAGUAAGUCUUGACCGUCAUUUAUAUCAGUCCUUUAAGCAUCAACGGUAAUGAGCAACCAAUGUUUAUUUCAUUGUACUUACACCUUGCAGCGUCAGCAAAAGCUUCAACAGCUCACAGAUCAAAUCAGUGAAUGUGAAAAGAAAAUUGCCUCUACAACAAAGCUUUUGAAGCAAGCUAAAAGUGGCAGAGAGCAGUCAGUAAGUACAAAGGACCAACUUUUUGUAUUGUCAUUAUAUUCAAGCACUAGCAUAUGUAUGUAAAAAAUAAGAACACUUCUACUCCUAUGCUACCUGUCAUCCUUGGUUCUCCACACAUUUUACCGUUGUUCUUGCGAUGUUGUUCUGACAACCUAAUAAUAAGCACCCAUCUCAAAAUAAUUAUUUAUGAAUGCUUAUCUGUUAUUUCUAUUUUUGCUCUUUUACCAUGCUCUAUGUAAGUAUAAGAUAUAGAGCUUCAGUUUAUUGAAGAAAAAAGUAAUUAGCAUCCACUUUGAUAACCAAUGUCCCAUUCUUGAGUAAGUACCCUCCAUUACAUCUGAAGUUGUAUAUCAGUGUAAUAUAGCAUGUUCUUCAAUACCAGUAGAAGUCCCAGUGAGUCACUUUGUUAAAUCAAAAUUGCCCCUGCAUGAAGACCCUGCCCUUUUUUUAAAUACUGCAGGAUACACAGGGAAAUAGAAGACUGGGGGGCAGUCCACAAGAUUCCUUUAUCUAACUUUUUAUGAUUUGAUAAUUAUUAUAAAUAUAGUCUGAUAGAGAUACAGUUCUCAAAGAGUUGGCUCAAAAAGAAAAACUGUGUAAAGAACUGGAACAAGAGCUUGAGAGAUACAAAGAAUGUGAUCCAGAAGUACUGAAAAAUAUGCAGCAAGAAACAAUAAUGGCAAAAGAAGGUGCUAACCGCUGGACUGACAAUGUCUUUACAAUCAAGACAUGGUGCGUUAGGAAGUUCAGUCUGGAAGAAAAAAUGAUUGACAAAAACUUUGGAAUUCCAGAGGAUUUUGACUAUAUGGAAUAAACUAAGAGACAAGAAAAUUUAAAAAAAGCAUUUAACAAGCUUAACUGUGCUACUGAAUGUUUCAUUCAGUGAAAUAUUUUUAGAGGUGUCUUUCAGAUUGGGAGACUUGAUAGUUGAGAAACUACUGUUUAAAUAGGUCCCUCCUCCCUGCCUCACACUUGCUUACAUAGGAUCAUAGGGAUACCACAAGGAAAGACUCCUUUUUUUAUUACCACAAUUUCCUCUUUGCUAAGCUAGUUCCAGCGAGUUCUUCUAUGUACAUGACUGGUAUAUGCCAAAAUAAAUUUUUGGUUUGCUCCUCCAUUUAUUUUUAAAUAAGUUUUGUCCCUAGUUGUUGCCACUGCUUUUAAAAUAAAAGCCUAUUAGCCCUUAUUCAUGAAAACAGGAGAAAUGAU